CCGCCCGCCUACCAGCCUGCCGAACGCGGCACCCGACGGCGACUACAGUCAGUUCCGCCGCGACCGGUGCUCUCGUCUGUCACGCGCGCGCACCGCUUACGCAAGCCGUACCCGCGUCGAUAAAAAAACGUGUGCUCAGAGGUGAUCGAACGUCUGUUUAUUUGAAUAUUUUUUUUCGUUUCGCACCCGCAACGGACGACGUGUUAUCCGCGAGCUCGUCGUUAUCACACCGAUUUGGCGCCGAAAUUAUUUUUAUUUUUUUUUUCUCGACAGUCUAUCCGACACGACACGGCAUAUAGUCUUACACACCGCAGCCCGAGCGAUUAGCAGAAGCGCCAGCGGCAGCAGCAGCAGCAGCGACAGCAGCGUCCAACCGCCUCCGCCACCAUGCAACCGACCAACGGCUCCAAAGACGUGCCGUCGGCGGCGGCAGAGAAGACUUGCGGCGCGACGGGCGGUUCCGGCAACCAGCAGUUCUGCUUGCGCUGGAACAACUACCAGAGCAACCUGACCAACGUGUUCGACCAGCUGCUGCAGAACGGCACGUUCGUGGACGUGACGAUCGCCUGCGACGGUCACACGCUCAAAGCGCACAAGAUCGUCUUGUCCGCGUGCAGCCCGUACUUCCAGAGCAUGCUGGCCGAGAACAAGUGCAAGCACCCGAUCGUCAUACUGAAAGACGUCCAGUGGCCCGAGCUCAGGGCGGUCGUCGACUUCAUGUACAAGGGCGAGAUAAACGUUUACCAAGAGCAGAUCGGCCCGCUGUUGCGCGUCGCCGAGACGCUGAAAGUCCGUGGUCUGGCCGACGUCAGCAACGAGCAGCUCACCGGCGGCGGUGGCGGAUGCGAACCGCAAGCCGCGGCCACCGUGGUGACGCCCACGGCCGUAGCACCCGAAUCUCCCAAGCAGCCGGCCCGCAAGCGGCACAGGCUGUCGCCGCCGGCGGCCAGCCCGGAGUCGGUCGUAUCCGACAUGGGAUCGUCGUCCGCGGACACGCCGCUCAACUUGCACCACAUGCCGCCACCCCCAGCCCCCCAUCACCUGCAGCAGCAGGCGCAGUCACAGCUGUCGCACGUGCACCAGCACCACCAACAGCAGCAGCAGCAGCAACAGCAGCAGCAACAGCAGCAACAACAACAACAACAACAACAACAACAGCAACAGCAACAGCAACAACAACAUCAGCAGCAACAACAACACCAACAGCAGCAACAGCAACAACAACAACAACAACAACAACAGCAGCAGUCGUCACAACAGCCGCCGGCAUCGCAAGCCAUGCCGCCGUCCGCCUCUUCCGCUUCUUCGUCGUCGUCGUCGUCGUCGUCGAUUCCGCCGCCGAGCAGCGUGGCCGACGACAUGGAGAUAAAGCCAGGCAUCGCCGAGAUGAUACGCGAGGAGGAAAGAGCCAAAAUGUUUGAAAGUUCUCAGGCCUGGCUCGCAUCCACAUCCUCGCCAAUGACUUCCGACAGUUACCAGUACCAGCUGCAGUCCAUGUGGCAAAAGUGCUGGAACACCAACCAGAGCCUGGUGCACAACCUGCGGUUCAGAGAGCGCGGCCCGCUCAAGUCGUGGAGACCAGAAACGAUGGCCGAGGCCAUCCUGUCCGUGCUCAAGGAGGGCCUGUCGCUGUCGCAGGCCGCCCGCAAGUACGACAUACCGUAUCCGACGUUCGUGCUGUACGCCAACCGGGUGCACAACUUGCUCGGUCCAUCCGCGGACGGCGGCGCAGACUUGAGGCCUAAGGGCAGAGGACGUCCUCAAAGGAUAUUGUUAGGAUUUUGGCCAGAAGAUCACAUCCAAAAUGUAAUCAGGACUGUUGUAUUUAGAGAUGCACAAAACAUCAAAGAAGAAGCAUUACACCUAUAUCCGAGAAUACCGUGUUUAUCCGACCCAAUGUCUGGUGGUCACUAUGGUAACAACGCGGUUCAGUCGGUUGAAGGUCCCGUGUCACCAAACUCUGCCGCGGCCGCUGUGGCUGCUGUUGCGCAGGGUAUUCGGCAGCAAAUGAUGGCUGCCGCCGGACAUAACAUCUCUCCCUCGUCGGGUGUUGACGCCUUCGCCCUACUCGCCUCUUCGCACCUACCCAGUCCGGCUGACAUGUCACCCAAUUCGUCUCCACCCGAUUCACCGUUGGUUUCCAACAACAACGUCGAGGUGAGCCUAAGCGGUUACAAGCGAUCCAUCGACCACUCCAACCAAGACAACGUGUUCGUCGAAGACAUUGAUGAGCUCGUGAAGAACAGCCAUUGUACCGGAGGCUCGUCAAUGGGCAACAACAUCGAUCAGCAGCCGUUACCGUUAGUCAUCGAGCAGCGGACUGAAUAAAUAUAAAAAAAAAAAAAAAAACAUCUUACACACAGACUGAGAUAAACUAUAGCGAACAAACCCAAUAAUACCGAUGUAUUAAAGACUUUGUGGUCAUGUGAGUUGGUCGUCGAUUAAAAAUCAACAAAACUAAACAACAACAAAAUAAACAAAAAAA